CGACUGUGGUCGAUCAUAGUGUUCAGAAGCAGUAUCGAGCAAAAGCACAUUCGAAAUAGCAAAGAGUGUAAUACUAUUAAAUCCAAGGAAUUGUUUUUGUGGAGAAAAUGUCAUCACUGCAAACUCUGGUGAUAUUAACACUAUGUUGGAAUGCAGCAUACGGCAUACACGAAUUCCUGUCAAACGCUAGAGAAACUAAACCGUCUGAAACAAUACAGCCAAGUAUAGAACCAUGGGAAUUUAUAAUUCCGCCAAAUCUUGCGAUAAGCGGUAUAUAUACUCCAGAAGAUUUAGAUAGACGAUUUCACGACGAUCAAAUUAUGUUUCUUACGAAGCAGCCACUAACUACAAGCUUCUUAGACGAGGAAGCUCAAAAAGAAAUUACGGAAACAAUACAACCAAAUACAAAACCAACAUGGAAAUAUACAGGUCCGGAAUUUCUUGGGACAAGCGGUGCAGAUAAACAAGAAGAUUUAAAUAAACUUCACGACAAAAUUAUGUUUCCUAUAAAGCAGCCAGUUGAACUAAACACAUUUGCACAUGACAUGGCAGGACAACCAGUUAAUAACCAAGGCUCCUCGAUUUCAAAUCUCUUAGAUGAGACAGCUAAAAAAUUUACCUGGGCUAAAAUAUGGGAUUCGAUACAGACAUUCGGACGUGCUUGCGCAGCAAUUAUUGGAUUUUUAUUUAUUUGCCGAGUAAUUAAAUUUGCAGGGGAUAUAAUUGUACGUGGAUAUACGCUUCAUCGUGUACACGGAUGGAGUAUACAUUUACUGCGUGCUAUUUCGGAUUCUCGUACCAAUGAGUUUCUUGCUUUGGGUAAAAAUAAAGAAGAAACAAGUAAGGAAGAAACAUUAGAAGGGAUACUCAUUGCAAAUGCUCGAAAAGAAGUUAACGGCGCACAUACUGAAUUAAACAGUAGUGCAUUAUACUCACCACUUAACAUAAAAGAAUCAAAGAAGCAGGUUAAUUUUAAAUAUCCUAUUCACAAAAAAUAAACAGACGGUGUAAGAGCUCUAUAACAGCACACACAGUAAUGUAUACAGUAAGAAAAAAUACCAAACAGAAAACAAUUAAAAAAAUUUGUUUAAAUAUAUAACGUACAUACAUACAUAUAUAAUAUUCAAU